AUGCCGAUGCUCACUUCUAUCCGCAGCCGCUCAGGUUCUCCUCCGGCCAUGUCCAGCCCUGAGCUUAACAGCCGUCCUUCAUUCUCCAUACAAUCACUUGAGAUUGACAGCAUUCAGUUUCCGCGCUCUUGGGAAGCGGCAUGGAAUGCAUCAGGCCAGAGCAACUUUGAGCGCGCGCAAGCGUUUCUGUUCUUCUACCGCGGAGAUGAUGCCUCCAUCAACAGCGAGCUCCGGUCCAUCGCAGCAAAUCCUAAGCACCAAGAUGUUGCCUCUCUUGCGUCUUCAGUCCAAAAGCAUGUCUUUGGCAGCCGUCAUUCGACCUUCAACACGACCUCGCUUUUGCAAUGGAUGCGCUUUGUGCUCAUCAAGAGCCAAGUUCUUACCUCCACCAAGACGAACGGAGUUCGCGAUUUCUUCUUUGAUCCAUCGGUGGCUCGUAACCUACCUCAACUCCCUCAAGACCCGGUUGUCUAUCAAUAUCCAGCAGCUCCUCUCAAAGUCAUGAUAAUCGGCGGAGGUCCUACAGGCCUAGCUUCAGCGAUUGCUCUCGCCGAGAAGGCCGGACCCAGGAUUGAGGUUCAUCUCUACGAAGGCAGAUGGAUUCAGCAGCCGGGUAGCUCUUUCGUCAGCUACCCACCAGGGGCUCGUCGUCGCGACCAGGUAGUCACGCUCCAAGACACCGUGACAGACUUGAUGAGCGAUAGAACGAAACAGGCUGUCUUUGGUGGAAAUCCCGAACGUGUUUGGCCUGGUUCCAGCAAUCUUCAGAUACGCAAGCUCGAAGACGGUCUCUUACGACGGGCUCAAGAUAGCCAGUUCCGCGACCUCAUCUUCCUACACGCGUCGCAGGUCAGACAGGACAAUAUUUCCGAGUACGGCGACUUUCACCUGAUGCUUGGUGCUGACGGCGCCGGCUCAUGGCUCCGCAGUGCUUAUUUUCCUGGACAGGAACAAGAAGUUGGAAAGAGCUAUGCCUUAGGGGUUGCUUUUGAUCGGCCUCAUGGCCUUCCGUUCUCGCAGCCCAUCAACAUCUUCCUCACCAUGGGCCAAACUCGUUACCUUCUCAAUGCCAGCGACUUCGAUGGUACAGGAUAUCUCAACAUGCAGUUGACCGAGACUGAAUGGCACCAGAUGGUCUCAGUCGAUGGCCAUCCCUGCACAUUCGGUCGACCAAGCUGCUUGAAGAUCAACGACUGCCUGCCCGAUGGGUUCGAGGAGAACCAGGUCUUUGCGCCAUCUCAGCAACCUGAGAGCCCGCUAUGGAAGGCGAUUCUCGAUGGUCUGGAGCUUUACGGUUUCAAGCAGUGCGAGGUGAAAAACAUCGUUCGCAUCCCCAUUGUGGUACGCAGGAUCAACAAAGCCGUCGAGCAGGUUCCUCAGUGCGACUCUACAGCCCUGCGUAGACCCCAUGGUCUUGUUGCCUUGGCAGGAGAUGCUGCAAUGACAGUGCACUUCUGGCCUGGGAGAGGUGCGAACUCUGGCAUGAAGGCAGGCAUUGCAUGGGCCGAUGAAGUUGCUCGCGCUCUCUUCCAUGGCCAAUUUGUCGGCCUUCAGACUUCUUCGCUGGGGAUGUACCACGACUUUCUGCAAAAGCUCCAAGAGCGCGAGCACGGCGGUCGCAGCUUGCCCAUAGUCAAGCAAACAGGCGACCCUGACAUGAUGGCCUGGCUGAUGCGCAACGCUCGACUUAUCCCGCAGCACGUGGCGAUGGAGUGGCUCGUCGGUCAGAUGCGUCGCGACGGUGUCCGCAUCCAGAGGCGUGCCGACUGGGCUUUUGAGCAGGUCAACAACCUCGAACCGCGACUUCGUGAGAUCCUCGAGAAGAUGGAUGCCGUUACCAUUCAGGAGAUGGCCGCCACGUUUCCCUGGCCCACACGGGAGAUGGCUGGGGCUGAAGUGCUUCCCGAGAGGUCUGUGGUCGACGCGUGCUUGAACGGUCAUAAGCCGACAGAGGUUUCGAAGGUUGAAAAGCAAGCAAAAUCGAAAAAGCAAGAUAAGAAGAAGAAGAGUGCAGAAACCUCCGUUUCCGCCUCUGAUAUUUCACCGGCAUUCCUGGCUAGCCUGGCGACUCAUAACAAGCCAGCUCAGCGGUCUUCUUGGCGUUCGUUCACCUUCAGCAGAACGCCUCAGGCUGUCCAGUCGUAG